UCUCUCAACAACCAAAACAAACGUGUUUCAAGCCUCUCUCUCUUCUUUUAACAAACAAUUUGCUUUUGUGAUGACAAUAGUUACGUUUUUAGCAACCCUAAUUUCUUGUUUGAUCCUUCAUCUCACUCCAUGGGUGUACGGUUACCCUAUAUCCGAUAUUAGGUCAUGGUGCAAGCAAACACCUCAUCCGGAACCCUGCGAGUAUGUCUUGGCCGGUCAACUAAAUUACGGUCCAAUGAAGCAAAAACCCGACUUCAUCAAGGCAUUACUGAAAGUCACCCAAGAGCGAGCGGCAGAGGCUGAGUCCAACGCGCGUGGACUCGGUCCAAAAUGCCACAACAAACUUGAAAAGACCGCGUGGAAAGAUUGUCUACAACUUUAUGAAAACACUGUCCAAAGGAUCAACAUGACUGUUGAUCCUAAAAGGACGUGUAGCCAGGUUGACAUGCAAACCUGGCUAAGCACAGCUCUCACGAACCUCGAGACGUGCAAGAAUGGGUUUGAGGAGCUAGGAGUUGGUGACUACAUGUUACCACUAAUGAACAAUAAUCUUUCAUCUUUAAUUAGCAAUUUAUUGGCAAUGAACAAAGGUGGAAAUUCACCUAAUGAACCUUAUCAUAAAGGCUUCCCUACUUGGGUGAAGCAUAGUGAUCGAAAGCUAUUGGAAUCGUCGAACCCCUCCUCUCAGGCUAACGCUGUGGUGGCUCAAGAUGGUUCGGGUAACUAUAAGACUAUUGGAGCCGCGUUAGCAGCCGCGAAAUCAAGUGGUGGGAGGUAUGUGAUAUAUGUGAAGGCAGGAACUUACAAUGAAUACAUUGAUAUCAAAUCGGAUAACAUAAUGAUAGUUGGAGAUGGUAUGGGAAAGACAGUUAUAACCGGUAGUAAAAGUGUCGGGGCCGGCUCAACCUCUUUCGGGUCAUGUACAAUGGCGGUGAAUGGAGACAAAUUCAUAGGGCGUGACUUCACGGUUAGAAACACGGCGGGCCCGCAAAACGAACAAGCAGUGGCGGUCCGGAGUGGUUCCGAUCUCUCAGUUUUCUACCAAUGCAGCUUGGAAGGCUACCAAGACACGCUCUACGCUCUUUCGAACCGACAGUUUUAUAAAGAUUGUAACAUUUAUGGUACUGUUGACUUCAUUUUUGGCAAUGCAGCUGUAGUGUUACAAAAUUGCAAUAUUCUUGCACGUGACCCUCCUAACAAGACCAACACGUUGACCGCACAAGGUCGAACCGACCCGAACCAAAACACUGGAAUCUCGAUCCAUAACUGUCGGGUCACGGCUGCCUCAAGCUUAAACGGCGUUAAAACAUAUCUUGGUAGGCCGUGGAAACAAUACUCGAGGACCGUUUAUUUGAAAACGUACCUCGAUGGCAUAGUGAACCCCGCGGGUUGGUUGCCAUGGAGCGGUAACUUCGCGCUUGAUACGUUGUAUUAUGGUGAGUACAUGAACACCGGCCCUGGUUCGUCAACUGCGAAUCGGGUUAAGUGGAAAGGCUACCAUGUGAUCACUAGCGCGGCUGAGGCCGCAAAGUUCGCCCCGGGUAGCUUCAUUGCUGGUGGAUCUUGGUUGCCGGAAACAGGCGUGCCCUGGACUGCUGCCCUUUAAUUCACUCAUCCAAUAUAUAAAAAAUGUUAAUAAUAUAGUUUGAAGUUCCUACAUCUUAUUUACAUGUUAAAAAGGUUAAUAAUAUAGUUUCAAGUGACUAUAUAUUAUUUACAUGUUAAAGCUUAAAAAUGUAUAGUUGGAGUGUGUAAUGUAUUUGAGAAAUGCGAAAAUAUUUCAUCUAAGCUUUUUAAAUGUAUAAAAGUAAAUUAUUAAUGCGUCA